GGAUGCUUUUUACUGUACUGAAUUUUCUUUUCCUUUCCUAUAAUCUAUUUGAUUCAUUUUCUUUGAUCAUUUCUUCAGUACAACCACCCCCACCAUUCUCUCUCUCUCACUCUCAUUUGGCGAUGGAUUCAAGCACCAAUGAAAUAACCCACGAAUUCCCACCCUACUUCAGAGUAUACAAAGAUGGCCGCGUGGAGAGAUUGGGGAGGGUCGCCGUCCCUGACCCUGCUCCCACUGGCCUAGAUCCCAAAACCCACGUCCAAACCAAAGACGUCGUCGUCUCUUCGGAAUCCGGCGUAUCGGCCCGCCUCUUCCUCCCAAAAAACAGCCACCCAGAUCACAAGUUGCCACUCGUCGUUCACUACCACGGUGGAGGCUUCUGCAAGGGAUCGCCUUUCGACAGGGCCUUCCAUAAUUUUCUUUUACUCCUUACCGCAGAGGCCAACGCCAUUGUAAUCUCCGUUGACUAUAGGCUUGCCCCGGAGCACCCUCUACCAACAGCGCAUCAGGACUCGUGGGCCGCGCUGCAGUGGAUCGCUACCCACUCUAACGGCCAAGGACCCGACCCGUGGCUUAACGAGUAUGCGGAUUUCGGGCGGGUUUUCUUGGCGGGGGAGAGCGCCGGGGCCAACAUAGCCCACUACGUGGCAGUUCAAGCUGGUGCCACUGAAUUGAUUGGCCCAAAGAUUGUUGGGUUACUCAUAAUGCAUCCAUUUUUCGGUGGUAAAGAGCUAGAUAAAAUCUACAGUUAUAUGUGUCCAACGAGUACCGGGUUCAGUGACCCGAUACUCUACCCGGAAUUGGAUCCGAAUUUGUCGCGUAUGGCUGGUGUGAAGGCGCUUGUUUGUGUGGCAGAGAAAGAUUGGUUGCGAGAUAGAGGGGUGGCGUAUUCUGAAACAUUGGGUAAGAGUGGGUGGGGUGGGGCGGUGUCGUUUUAUGAUUCGGAAGGAGAGGAGCAUGCCUUUUUUGUGUUGAAUCCUGGUAGUGAAAAGAUCAAGCCCCUGACUAAAGUCAUGGCUGAUUUUAUAAAUCAGGACUGACGACUUAUUUUGGUUGUCGAUGUUGUAGUAAUUUAACUAAAAAUAAAUGAAAUAAUUGUUAUUUAUUA